GGUAGGAGGUAAUGCUGCUGUGAAAUAACAAGUAAAUGCUGGUAAUUGGAGAAAAAAUAUUUAUUUGUUAAGUGAACUACGGCAAGAGAGUGUCUGCAUCACAUCCGGGCAAAACAUAAGUAUGAUCACACCUGACUUUCAGAUGUGCUUCCUUUUCCAUCUGAAGUUUCUAAUGAAUCACAUCGGUCAUCCUAUGAAGAAAAAAAAAUAAACAAAUGGGAAUAUGAAUUCUCGACCAAGAUGAAAAAAAAUCGGGCAGCGUGAUAACCACAUUUCCGCUUGCUAUUACAUAAUCGCAAAAUUUCGCAAAAGGGAGUCCCCAUGAGAAAUGUACGCGAAAAGUUCAGAUGCAAAGGACUGAAGAACUGCUUGCUAGCAAAGAAAUAUUAAAGAAAUAAAAAUAAAGAAAAUAGCCCCACGCACCUUAUCACCCUGCGCACCGAAAUUAAGUCCACAGCGACUGCUUCGGAGAGGCUUAUUUACUUUUGAGCUUUUCAGUGUUCGCGGCGCAGAUGAAGAGACUUCGAUGCACCUCUUGACUCUUUCAAAGGACUGUUGAGUCUCCGUCAUGAUAUUCUUGAAAGCUUUAAAAUUGUUAACUCGCCUUUCACACGGUCUUCAUACUACACGUGGCAAUAGUUCGUUCUGUGACAAGGAACCUCCAUAAAGUUCUUCCACGGAUGCGAGCAGCGCUCGAUUAUUCUUCGCAAACAAAUUCUUUGAGUGUGAGAUAUCACCUGGAGAUUUACAAAGGCUACAGAAACUCAAAUUUACGUGACUAGAAGGUGUAUAAACCUUUUUAGGCGUCUGAGUUCUCGAUAUUUUGACCUCCUGCGGCCAAAUUCAAUCGAAUGAGUUUUGUUACUGUGACACAAACCAGAGAUGUUUUUUUUAAGCAUGUAGUCUUCGUGCCAGGGUAGGCUAAGUAUCGUCAAACUUCUGACCUGAUGGCCCCUCCCUCCAUGUCGUCUUUUGUAAUCUCCCAGGGUCUCUCGCUCUCGCUCUCUCUUCGUAGAACGGGUAGGAGAGAACCCUGGGAAAAGAAAGAAAGAAAGAUAGAAAUAUGGGGCAUCCAAUUUUGCACCUGGUUAAGACUACGUGCGGUUCUGCGCGCUACCGCGCGCGAUGAGAUUAUAAACUCUCUUCGCGAGGAAUCAGAAUGCUGUCUUCCGUCCUUCUUGCAAACUUGGACACAAAAUCACGAUUUCCCAAUUUGGUACAACUGUGGCUUGAAGUAUCGAUGUAAAGCGCGACAACCCUCCCAAACGUCCAUCAUUUGAUAAUGUCUCCGCAAAAUUUUAUCUAAAUCGUCUCUACAACAGCCGAGAUAUAAGCGUUUUAAAAGAUGUAGCACAAGCCAAAUUUUUCCCACAUGAAAUUAUUCAUAGAUAGGUGUCCCCCUCGGCCUUAAGGAGGUUCACGUAAAGCGGGGUUUGACUGAAAAUUAAAUAAAUUUAGGCCUCUUAAGCUCACUGGAUAAAUUUAACCUGUUUACCAUUGCUACGCAGAACGAGACUGUAACCUUCCCAAUCAAAUCAAGUUCAGGAUUCGCCGAGGUGAGUUAUGUCAGUACCACUUUUGA